GUAGAAUAGUAAUGCAGAGGGAUGUAAGAUGGCAGAGCUACAAAUGCUGCUAGAGGAAGAAAUUCCGGCUGGUAAAAGUGCUCUUGUUGAGAGCUAUCAGAAUCUAUCAAGGGUCGCAGAAUAUUGUGAGAACAACUAUGUACAGGCACAGGACAAGAGGAAAGCCCUGGAGGAGACCAAAGCCUACACCACCCAGUCUCUGGCCAGUGUAGCCUACCAGAUCAAUGCCUUAGCCAACAAUGUGCUGCAGCUGCUGGACAUCCAGGCGUCCCAGCUGCGUCGCAUGGAGUCCUCCAUCAACCACAUCUCUCAGACUGUGGACAUCCACAAGGAGAAAGUAGCCCGACGAGAGAUUGGAAUACUGACCACGAACAAGAACACGUCACGGACCCACAAGAUCAUCGCUCCCGGCAACAUGGAGAGGCCAGUGAGGUACAUUAGGAAGCCCAUAGACUACACCCUCCUGGAUGAUGUGGGCCAUGGUGUCAAACAACAUGGCAACAACCAACCAGCCAGAGGAGGAACCUUAUCAAGGACAAAUCCACCCACGCAGAAGCCUCCGAGUCCACCAAUGGCAGGCCGCGGAACCCUUGGGAGGAAUACCCCGUAUAAGACCCUGGAGCCGGUGAAGCCUCCCGUGGUGCCUAAUGACUACAUGACCAGUCCCGCCAGGCUGGGCAGCCAGAACAGUCCAGGCCGCACUGCCUCGGUCAACCAGAGGCCCAGGACACACAGUGGCAGCAGUGGAGGCAGUGGUGGUCGGGAGAACAGUGGCAGCAGCAGUGUGGGCAUCCCUCUGGCUGUGCCCACACCAUCACCCCCCACCAGCUUGGCAUCAGCGUCGGCGCUUCCGCAGGGUCCAGGCCUCGGCCCCGUGCCCAUGUCCCAGUUUGGCACCAUCUCCCGGCAGGUCUCGCGCCACGCCUCUUCCUCGGCCUCCAUGGUGUCGGCCACGGGCACGUACCGGCGCGCGCCCUCCGUCUCCUCCUCCCAGUUCACCUCCGCCCCGCCGGCCCACGUCAACGGGGGGCCCACCUACACCCAGAACUCAGUGACCGCAGCUCCACCGCCGCCUCCUCCCAUGGUGCAGCUCACCCCUCAGAUCCCGCUCACGGGCUUCGUGGCCCGGGUGCAGGAGAACAUAACGGACAGUCCCUCACCACCCCCGCCCCCCCUGCCUGAGGACACGGUGCUGUACGGUGCUGAGGAGGCCAACCCCCCUCCCCCGCCGCCGCCAGUGGACUAUGAAGACGAGGACGCGGCGGUGGUCCACUACAGUGACCCCUACGCUGACGGCGACCCUCACUGGGCCCCCAAGACUUACCUGGAGAAAGUGGUGGCCAUUUAUGAUUACUCCAAGGAUAAGGACGACGAGCUUUCUUUCAUGGAGGGUGCCAUCAUCUAUAUCAUCAAGAAAAACGAUGACGGAUGGUUCGAGGGUGUGUGCAACGGCGUCACAGGCCUGUUUCCAGGCAACUAUGUGGAGUCCAUCAUGCACUACGCAGACUGAGGGAAGUGUGUGUGUGUGUGUGUGUGUGUGUGUGUGCAAAUGCGUGUGUGCGUCUGUGUAUGUGUGUCAAUACACAGGGACUCUUGUCAAUCAUAAACAAACAUUACAAAGUGCAUUUGGCUAUUAAAGAAUGUUUGUUUCUUUUUCUGUUAUUUUAAUGAAAACGUGCAAACCAUAACAUGACAAUGUGUAUUUGGGGGUGGGGAGGGGAUUGCUAAGUUGUUAUUGAAGGUAAACAUGUAAAGAUAUGAAUAAUAGUCAGUAUAUUUCUGGUUAGGUCUUUUUGUUGUAUGUUUUGUAUAUACAGUAAUGUGAAAUGCAGCUUGUAGGUGGUCAGUAGUGUUUGUGUGUGUGUGUGUGUGUGUGUCAGUGUCCUGACCAGUCUACGUCAUUUGUCCACGUCUUUUUUCCCCAUUAUGAUCCAUCUUCUUUUUUUUAACAACAAAAUAUUAAUUUUAUUCAGGUUUUUGUACAAACAUUUUCUUAUCAUUAACAUUUGUGCAGAAUGUCUUUUGAAUGUCAUCGCUACAUAUUUCUUAGCCUUGCAAAACAAAAAUGAAGAUUUACUGAUUUGAAUUUGUAGUCUCUUCUGUUUGCCCAUGUAAUGUUCUAUUUUUGUUGCCGUGUUGUUUGAAUGCCAUAGAGUAUACUUCUGCCACUGGUGUGUGACCGCAGUAGUCCACUGCUGGUGCUGCAGACCAAACCAGGUGUAGUAGUCACCUGGGAGGCCCCCUAGUGUGGUCAGAGCUCCAUUUUAAGGUCCCUGUUCUCAUAGACAGGUGGUCUCUCACCACUGAACCGGCCUGGGCGAGGGCGAUCAACACUGACCUGGGAUGUCUGACCGAUAACCCUUUCAUCUUGUUUACAAAAUGUGUUGUCCUACACAUUUGAAUGAGCUCCAUGAGACAGCCCCUCCAGCUGGCGUCGCCGCCUCUCUUAAGAACCUCCCUCUACAGGAAGACGCGGUGGAACUGGUGCACCAUGUACGGCACGCACUUCUUUGUACAAAUCUACACAUGCCAUACAGAUACCUCAGCUGUGAGUGCCAUCGCUUGUACUGUCUCAAGUAGGCGCAUUGUAAACCUUAGGCCCACAGACGGCCUCUACUGAUCAGUGUCCACUCCAGUGCGUGUGUGUGUGUGUGUGUGUCUGUGUCCGUGUGGGGUUGACCAUCAGACCGCGUUGCUUCCUCUGAAAAUGGCUGCCAUGGGCCACGAGGGCUUCAUAUUUCCUGAAUGGAUGUCAUGACUCAGAGAUGAACCACUUUGUGCCAUUUGUAUAGAGUGAAAACCCAUGCCAUCACAUUUCAUACCUGUUCCUUUCCUCGGCGCUCUCGCGACAGGUGAAACGCUGAGGACGUGUAAGGACUUGAGCACAUGCAGAUGGUUUGGAUGUACAAAUGUGAUGCCAUGACCAAGGAAAGUAAUUGUUUUCUGACUUAUGCAUGUGUUUAAAUUAGGCCUUAAAAGUAUCAUGAGUAUUAUUUCUCUUUGAUGUGCACUGAUUCUUCUGGAACAUUCUUAGCCGUUCCUAAUCACUGUUCACGGCGAGGUCAUAUUGCACAUACCUCUGUUUUUCUUUUCUUUUUGUAACAGAGAGUGAUGUUUCUUUUAAAUCAGUCCUUUACAUUUUGUAGACUUAUUAUGUAAUUGUAUACUUUUGUGAGAGAAAAAGAAAAAAAUCCUGACCUUGGAUUGAGUUUUUUUGUAAUAUGUGUGUGUCACAAACUGCUGUUCAUGGACAGGCAGUCACUUGCAUUUCCAAAUGGUAUUUAUUUAUUUUUGCUAGGGAUCUGUGAGAUUGCAACUCAUGUGGAAUUGUAUGGGUGUUAAUCACUGUGGUAAACAUUUCAAGGCCUUGUUUUGAGUUGUUUGCAACAUUACAAAAAAAUGUGGAAAGUGACAUGUAACUCUUGAAGAGAAGCUCUCUUCGUUACUUAUUCCUUUGUAUAUAUUAUAUGUUUUCCCAAUUAAUGUACAGUCUUUUUUAUAAUAAAUAGCUUCCCUGUA